AUGUUUGUCGCACUGCCGUCGCUCGACCUGGACGACCAUUUGGAGUAUGUGGCACGCGUGCCCGGCCUAUCCGCGAGCGAGUAUGACGAGCUCCUGAUGCGCAACUUGGAGUAUGAGAACGCCCGCCCGUGGCCGGAUGUUGGAACACGUUCACCCUGGCGUCUCAUCACUUACCUGAAUGCUACCGAUGGCUGGGCCGACCUAGCGUUCGCUGUGCACCACGCACUUGGCGAUGGUAAGAGUGGCCUCGCCUUUCACGGCCAUCUCUUGGAGCUCCUCAAUAGCAAGGCCGCAACAGACAAAUCGGAGGGGGGUGGCGAAAAUGAAAUUGUGCUGGUAUUCACAGAGCCGCCCAAGCUCACCCCUUCACAGGAAGAACUUGUCAAGUUCACUGUAUCCUGGCCAUUCUUUCUUGGCACCCUUUGGAAGGAACUGGGCCCUUCUUGGUUACAAAGUGCUCCCGUGGCUGGGCCAUACACUGGUUCGCGAAUCAAAUUGGAGCCCAAGCUUAAAGGCCACCUGCGUGUAUUCCAUCUAACACCCAAACAAGCUGCCGCGCUGCUAACUGGCUGUCGAACGCACAGCAUAACACUCACGGCGCUUGUUCACGGUCUGAUGAUGGUGCUUUUUGCACGGCGGUUUCCUUCCAAUGUGGCACCAUCCUUCUCCUGCGUCAUGCCCAUCAGCAUGCGGCCAUUCAUACAUGCGCCGGCUGACAUGGCCCUCGAUAUCAACCGCUGCAUGGCUAACCUAGUGUCGUCGCACUCGUACCAGUACGAUGCAGACGCAGUCUCUGAUGGCCGGGCGGUCGCUGAGACCGAUGCUGAAGACGAUGACAAAGUGUGGCGCGCGGCUGCCGCCGUGGGUGCCAGCCUUAAAGCGCGCGUUGCCCAUGUGACUGAGGACAACGUCUUGGGCCUUAUGGCAUGGGUCAGUGACUGGCACGAUUGGUGGAGGAAGCAAGAGGGAAAGGCCCGCGAGGGCACAUGGAUUGUCUCCAAUACCGGUUCAAUCUCAACGGCUGGCAUAGCUCCGACUAGUGGACCGACACCUAAGUGGACAAUUACUCGCAACUUCUAUACGCAGUCCAGCCAGGGCAAGGACUCAUUAAUCAACGUCAACAUCGGUGGAGUUCGGGGCGGUGAAAUGUCCUUUAUUGUUGCCUGGCAUCAUGGUGUAGUCGAGACCGAGUUUGCAAACCUGUUCGUGGAGGAUCUUUAUUCCUGUCUUGAACGGUAUGGUGGGACCGGUCACUUUUCAGUGCCCAACCGACUACAUACGACGUAUUACUAG